AUGUCUUCUACCAAACAGAUCACCCUCUACACAGCCACGUUCUCCCCGUAUGCCCACAGGGUUCGAAUUGCCCUCGAGGAAGCAGGUGCGGAGUACACCACCUAUGAUGUAGACAUCCUGCGGAACAUGCCGGACUGGUUCCCUCUAGUCAACCCGCUCAAGAAGAUCCCUGCGAUGACCUUCGGCGGACCAGAGGUGCCUCCCGACCAGCCCUCCCCAGAGUCUGCGAAGAUCGCCGAGUCGCUCGCCAUGCUCGAGUUCAUCGCCGACCUCUUCCCCGAUGCCAAGCUCCUCCCCACAGACCCUGUCCUCCGCGCCCGCGCCCGCACCUUCAUGGCGCUCUACGAGAACUACGUGAACGGCCAGUUCAGGGACGUGUGGUUCCUCGGCACCCCCGCGGACCCCCUCCUGCAGGCGCUCGAGAUGCUCCAGGGCGCGUUACCCCCCGAUGGGGGAUUCGCCGCUGGGGAGUGGUCCAUCGCGGACGCGGCGGUCAUCCCAUUCCUCGCGCGCAUGUUCCCGUACCUGGAGGCGGGACUUGGGCUGUACAGCAAGGAAGAUGGGGUGAAGAUGCGCAAGGCGAUGGCGAGCGAGCGGUUUGCGCGCAUUCGCCAGUACGUGCGGGACUGCCGCGCUCGUCCGAGCUUUGCGAACACCUGGGCUGGUGAUGCUGAGCAAGUCGAGGCAGCGAAGACGGUUCCGAUGCUGCGGGUAGGGGAGUGA